AUGGAGCUGGAGCUGGGUUCCAUGAAAGAUGGAGUGGUUAACAUGACGAGGGCAAUGGAGGCUGUGUCCCCUUGGUUGAACCACCCAAGGAAGACGAUCAACCUGGUGGAAGCUCUGGUGGUAGCAGCCGCUGCGUUGCUGCUUCUCCAGCUCAUCUUGGGCUCUUGCAAGCGACGGUGGCAUGACUCCACCUUCGUCAAAUUUGGCCUGCAGGUGUCUACCACAUUUAUGAAUCCUCUCAUCAUCUACACCUUGGGUACGAUGCAGUCCUCCCCGAUCAAGAAUUCGUCGUAUCCCGUCUGGGCUGCUUUUCUCAUCAUGGCUUCAGCAGGCACCGCCGCCGUCCGGCAAUUUGAUUUCUAUGGCAGCUUUUUCAACAAGUGCAUGCAAGCUUUUGUCGAGUAUCUUCAGGAUGCCUUUUACAUACUUAUGUUCACUCUGCUAAUGGAUCCAAAUACUUAUACCUUGAAGACAGCCUGGGACCUAAAGCGGCAUCUGAAGAGUUCCAGAGCAAGUUCACAAUGUGUUACCGCUCUUGUUGCUGUCGUUUUAUUGACAAAGACGUUUGAAUCCUUUUUUUUAGUAAUUUCUAGUUACAGGAGGAAGAGGAGUCUUUUCAUCACAUUGAAGAAGAGCCGUCUCACAAAACUUGCAGAGAGGACGGAAGAAGAAAGUGCAAGUGAUGAUCAUCGAGCCUGUGACUCUGAUUCUCAACAGAGCAUGAGGGGCUACAAGUAUGUAGUCUGUUAUCGUCUGCCUCGAUUCAUUACUAUUGACAGAUAUGGGAUUGUUGUGCGCUAUUUUGGGGAAAUCUUUCCCAAAACCAGCCUUCUUAAAGACCAUGAUUUUGUAUUCAAAAAAUUGUUGCCAUCUGAAGGGGAUUUCAAAAGAGCAUUCAGAAUUAUUGAGGUAUCACUAGCCUGCAUGCAUGUCAAGAAAUAUUGGUGUGCACCCAAUGCAUUUAUUGUUGAAAAGGUUAUUGGUUUUUUUAGAAAGUUUAUGAUUUCUGGACAGUUGAGAAAUAAGGUUAACCAGCACUCAGUUAUUUUCCAACGACAGAAACAGCCAGACCCAGUAGAGGUUUCUGAUGCAAUGAAGAGAGCUGUUGCUAGAUCACUCAUAUCAACUUAUGGCAACCUAGGAGAAACACCAGUCAGCUGGCAGAGCCAAAUGUUUGACAAGUAUUCUUGGGCACUCAAGGAUCUCUCUCGGGUGGAAAUCAUGUUAAUUUGGCACAUCGCAACUGAAUAUUGUGAUAUUUCUCUUCCUAAUCCUAGUAAUGGGACUACUCGAUGUAAUAAGCACCGAGGCUUUGCAGAUAAUUUGUCGAGAUACUGUCCACACAUGUUUGAAUAUGUGCUAGAACUGCUUCCAAACCACAGAAGAAAUAGGAUUAAUCGAGGUAGUCACCGAGGCGUUGCAGUUCAUUUGUCUAGAUACUGCACAUACUUGAUUGGAUCUGUCCCAGAACUGCUUCCAUACCACAAGGCGGAUAUAGCAGAGUUGGCACAAAGGGUGAUGGAAGAACGUAGGGAGCUUUUUGGAUCCUAUAGACUUCCCAAGAUUUACAAUAUAAUGAAGAAAUUAGAAGGGACAGAAGAGGAAGAUGACGCUAAGAAGAUCUUCCAAAGAGGCGUGAAGCUCGGUAAGCAGUUAAAGAGCAUGCCGGAUGGAGAUCGCUGGGAGUUGUUGGAAGAUUUCUGGGCCGAGACAAUCAUCCAUGCUGCGGCCUCGCACACCACUACCAAGCAACACAUGCAACAUCUUGAAAAUGGCGGGGAGUUUCUCACCCAUAUCUGGGCUCUGCUUUCUCAUGCUGGCAUUCUAAACCUUAAUAGGGACAAGGAUCAGGAGGGCUAA